AUGCGCUGGCCUUCAGCCGGCAGUUUCGAGACCGUAUGGGGGCUGAGGCUGAACACACGGGCCUUCCUCCUGUUCCUCCUUCUCCUGCAGCAAGGACGACUAACCAAUUUCGUUGAGGGUGUGGGGAUUUCUGUAUCUCCUGUCCCAGUGGGUGGGAGUGAUCGUGACACACAAAAUGCGGUGUUUGCCCACCUCGGCGGAGAGGCGCCGAUGAGAGACGGGUUGCACUUUCACAACUAUGGCAACGAAGAUGAAUAUUAUUUGAACUCUUUGUGGCCCUCAAGAGGGCGCAGAUGGUUUCGAUAUGGUAAUACAGCAGCGGCAGCAGCUGGAGUCAUUGCUGCGUUAUUGGCGGUUGUGUUCAUGCUGCUGUCUUGCGGAACCUCCAUAUCCCGUAAGGCUGUUGCCACCCAAAUAUGGAGAGACCGAAGGCGCCUUGCAUCCCGAAUGGAUGGAGGGCCUUGCGAAAACACUUCAGUGGCAGAACAAAAUGCCGCAGAAGCAGAAGAUAUAGAAGGCGAAGAAGUUUCUAGCAUGGCACCAAAAUCCACUUCCGUCGAUCUGCCUUCCCCUCCAUCAUCCCCCAGAGGUGUUGUCAAUGAAGGCGCAGGGGAAGGGAUCGCGGAAGCGGGAGUUGUUAACAAGGCUUCUCAUCCCUCGGUGGAAGCAUCCGUCUCCCCAGCGAACGCCACGGGGAAGGCAAGAGACCCAGAAGCAGAAUCAGAAGCAGCAGAACAAGCAGCAGGGGAAGGAGGGGAAAGUGGGGCAGGACAUGAGGGGUCGCCGAUCCCUGUGCUGUGGCCCGCGGGGAUAGAAACGACAGUAAAGAAUGUCCCUUUUUUGGGUUAUUAUCUGAUUCGCCUUCGAGAGCUUGCGGACCACUGCAGGCAUUUCUUUAAGCACCUCCCUCCGCUGUAUGCGCGGUUGAUUGGUUUGCAGCUGCUGCGGUAUGCAGUAGUGGAGAUAGCAGCAGUCACACCUGUGUGCACAUUUGAAGAGGAGGGGCGUCGGGAGGGGGCUAUUAGAGCUUUUCAACGUUUCAGUUCGAAUUUGAGAGAGCGAUUCCACACGAAUCCAGACGUGGCUAGUAGCAUAGACCGGUUGCGGCAUCUUCUGAACGUUCUACUGGAAAGGAAUGCAUUCCCUCAAGUUGCAAUUGUACACAGAUCGUUUGUAUCUAGACACUGCAUUCCUCCAGCAGCAGCAGCACUGCGGUAUGUGGCAACUGGUAUCAAUGACCUGCUACAGAGCCUCGGGAAUCAACCACAAACACUUACCGCUGUUAUCGCCGCAGAGCAGGAUGCCGUUAUUUUUUCUGUUCUCGAUGAAAGGGUACAGCAGGCGCUCUCAGAAGAGGGUUCGGCAUUAGCGCUGCAGCAUCUGCAGAGAUCCUGCCGCCAGGGAGAGGUGUUCUCUUUUCGGGAGGUCAAUCUAUCUCGAGCGAAGUACAGGCCGGGGUGUGGCCCGUUCAAGACCGAGCGCGUUGAGAACGCAGCGAAAAAAGCUGCUGCUCGAGUGGCAGCAGCGACGGGAAAAGACAGGCUAACGCUACAGGCAAAAGGAGCAGCAGUAGAAAUUCCUACGGCUUCAACAAACUCUGAAGGUAUAAAUGCUGUUGAUGGUGAAGCUAUGGAAGAUGAUCACCGAAUAUCUAGACGGCUUGCUACCACGAGGUCCGAGCAGCAGCAAAGCGAGCAGGAAAUGGCUCCUGCGGUUUCUGCUGCAGAGGGGUCUGAAGCGCCGCCGAAGGCUGCAUCGCCCGAACCUCCACAGGAUGGGACGUCCGAAGCAGCAAAACAGCCGAAUUCGGCAGCAACAGAGGAGCCAGAUGCAGCAGAAAAGAAGAAAAGGAGUCUGUUGGGAUCCCCACGCUUUGCUUUCCUUUUCCCUCGCUUUCCUCCCUCUUAUUUUCUCUCCACACUUGCCCCUGGCGUUUCACCUCGCCCACCUCACUUUCCACUUUUUCCUUAUGCACCAACAAGAAAUUUCUUGUUCCUCCAGCAUCCUCAUCAGGUGGGCCGACAGCAGCACCCAGUUUUGCCUUGGGGACCGUUACCGCAGCCGCAGCAGGGAGCUUGGCCUUGGGGGCCUUUUCUGCAGCAGCAGCAGCAAAUGGGCUUUUGGGUUGGGGUCCCUAGGCAACAGCAGCGUGCAGCUCCUUUGGAGGUACCACUGCAACCGGAGCAACAGCAUCCAAGGACUUGGGGAUCGUCGCCGGAAGAGCAGUGGCAGCUUGGGAUACCCUGGGGCCCCUUCCAUCAACAACAGCAGCAGCAUCAAGAGGAACCGUGGGGGCCGCCAUUCCAGCAGCAGCAAGGAAACAUUUGGGGCCCGCCAUCCCAGCAACAACAACGGGGGGAGCUUUGGAGACCCUGGUUGCAGCCUCAGACUAUGGAGCCGUGGCUACCUGCUGAUGGUUUUAUGGGGGGACAGCCGGAUCCUGUGGAUGCCUUUUUGGCGCCGUUGGAUUCCGGUUCAAGGGCCAGCGCUCUUAUGACUCCUGAGAGCAUCCCUGAUGAACAUGAUUGGCUUCAACGCAGCAACAGUGGCACUGAUGGCGACAGUGCAGAGGAGUCUGAUUCGCUCGAAGACCCCGAUCAUAGCGCUCCUGCAAUAGCACAGGCAGAAAAGGAAGAUCGCAGUGUAAAGCCGAAGCAACACAAGCGGCAAAAAGACCCUCCGAGUGCUACUGGUUUGUUUCAAGGUUCCGAUUUCACUUCACCUACAGCACCACCACAGGGAACAGAAGAUUAUUUGAGCAUGCAGCGGCAACAGGAGCAGCUUCUGAGCGCAUCUGCUGGUGUAUGGGGUUUGAGGGACAUCGCAGGCACCAGCCGAGAUGCGAUUCUUCAAGGGGCCCCAAACUGGCGUUCACUUGCCUCGCAGCGCGAUACCUCAGGUGCAGAUUCAUCGCAUGCAUCUUCACGGGGAUCAGAACAUGGCGUUGACUAUGCCGGAGCCGUGAGGAGUGGGUUAAAGCGAAAACGGGAGACCUCGCCAGAAGAUGACUACGGGAAAUGA